AUGAGGAAGGGUGUGUGUGGAAUAAUCGUCAUCCUUCUUGUCACCACUGCUGUGUGGGCAAAAAAGAUGCGCUGGUGUGUAGUGUCAGAGCCAGAAAGAAGGAAAUGUGCAGACCUGGCUAAGGCACUAGGAGCUUCUUUUCCUCCAGCCACAUUGUACAGCCAACUGUCAUGUGUGCAAACCUUCAGCACUGCUGACUGCCUCAGUAAGAUACGGGACAAUAAGGCUGACCUUGUGACUUUGGAUGCUGGAGAGGUUUACUCUGCAGUAAAGCAGUUUGGUCUUGCAGCAGUCGCCAAAGAGCUCUACAGUGAUGGCACCUGUAUCCUGGCUGUGGCAGUAGUGAAAAACACAAGCUCUGUAGACAUCCGUUCUCUUAAGGGAACUACAAGCUGUCACAAUGGAGCUCGCUGGACUUCAGGCUGGAAUUUGCCAUUAGGGCAGCUGCUUUCCCAUAACCUCCUGCACUGGGUGGAAGGACAGCCCCUCAGUCAGACUGUCAGUGACUUCUUCAAUGGCAGCUGUGUACCUGGAGCUGGUACCAUGCCAUUCAGAAGUUUAUGUUCCAUGUGCCAGGGUCAACGAUCAUAUGUCCCACAGAAAAACUUUUACUGCGAGACAUCUCAUAAUGAACCAUUCUACCAUAACCAAGGGGCGCUCAGAUGCCUGAAGUCUGGUGUAGGAGAUGUGGCUUUUGUGGAUCAUACAGCCCUGGACAGCAUAGAUGAGAGCAUGAAGAAUGAAUUCAGGUUGUUGUGCAUGGAUGGCACUCGAGCACCACUAAGCAGUUUCAGAAAGUGCAAUUUCGGUUAUGGCCCCGGUGGAGCUGUGGUUACACGCAUAAACAACCAAAUCCCAGCUCGCAAGUUCCUGUCAGCAGUUCAGUCAGCGUUUGGCUGGAAGGGAAAACAGAAUCGUCGUUUUAAACUUUUUGAUUCAUCAGUUUACGGUGUGCGUGAUUUGCUGUUCAGAGACGUCAGUAUUAAACUGUCUAUGGUGGAACAAGGCACAGACAUAAAUCAGGUUCUGGGACUGGACUAUGUUGCUUUGCUCAAAGGGUUAAGACAUGAAGGUAGCUCUCUGGAGGAUAGUGUGGUAAGGUGGUGCUGUAUAAGUCAUGCUGAACAGGAGAAAUGUGAGCAGUGGGCUCUAAGCAUAAAGUCUUAUCCUCUUGUGUGUGUGAGCGCUUCGUCUAUGAGUGACUGCAUUGAGAAGAUCAAGAGGGAUAAAGUGGAUGCUGUAUCCUUAGAUGCUACACACUCCUUUAUUGCAGGGAAAUGUGGCCUUGUACCUGUAGUGGCUGAGUAUUAUGGGACAAAGUGUAACUUCACCGGAGGAGAACAUCUGCAGGCUAAGGUAGACUUGCUAUCAGUGUAUGGUGUGGCGCUGGCAAGGCGCUCCAGUAGAAAUGUGUAUUUUGGCAAUCUCGGUGGCCGACGCUCCUGCCAUGGUCCUGUCUACAGUCCUGCCGGCUGGGUUCUGCCUGUACUGAGUAUAGAACAUAACAAGAGUGCCCCCUGUGAGCCAAACAAAGUGUACUCCAAGGUGUUUUGGAAGGGCUGUAUGCCAGGUGCUGAAGGCAGCCUGUGUAAGGUGUGUGUAGGUGGGAUAGAUGGAAUUGCCACCAAACGAUGCUCCAACAAUCACAAUGAGCGCUACUAUGGAAAUAUGGGUGCCCUGAGGUGUCUGGUUGGAGACACUAGUGGGAAAAGCUAUGGAGAUGUGGCAUUUAUGGAGCAUCAUAACCUAGAGAGCAACAUCAAAUAUCUGAACAGCAGUGGCUGGGCCAAGGACUGGGCCACCAGCGAUUUUGAGUUGUUGUGUGCAGAUGGACAGCGAGCUUCACUGACAGAGUGGAAGAAUUGCAACCUGGGAUCCAUCCCACCCAACAUGGUUAUGACGCGACCUGUACUGGCUGCUCGAAUCUACGACUUCCUCAUGAAGUCACAGGAGACACAUCGGGAUUCUGAGUUCUAUCUGUUCGAGUCUCAGCAGUAUGGUGAAAGCGAUCUGCUCUUUAAAGAUGCCACACGAUGUCUGGUCCACACUGGUCACAUGAACUAUCGCACCAUACUAGGAAAGGAUUUUAUUUCACAUUUGGAGAACAUCUUUAACUGCACAUAUUCAGACAUUCUGCAGUUUUGCAACCAAGAUGUGUGCAGCAUAUUCUGAACAACCUGACAACAUCGCAUGGCAUCAAAAGUGUGUCUCAACUGUUCUCUAUAAAUGACUCAAUUAAACUUUCUUAUUACUGCUGACACAUAUUAUAUGAGCAAUAAAA